UGAAAACGAGAAUUCAUGAGGUCGGCAACUACUUGUGGUUUCACUUUCAUUCUACUUAUCAUCGUUGGGCCAAGCUUAGUCCUAAGCCAUUGGUGCAACGUUACAAAUGAGGAUGCAGUUCAAUAUAUUGUCACUCAAGACGUUCAACGAGUAAUCAAGCUGCUGAGCAACCAUUACGACAGUGGCCGCAAUUAUACGUUAAUAAAGAAGUUGUUGGGAAAUAUCAGUUCAAUUAUGCUGCAUGGUUCGGAUAUGAUCAAGCUACUCCCAAGACAUUCAUACGAAAACUAUUAUAUGUCAGAUCUAAACGCAACAAUUGCCACUUUACGAGAAUGGUAUCUCAUAUCAGACCAAUUUUGGAAAACAUUGCAAAAGAAUGUGACCUCUCUUUCAAAUCGGUAA